ACCCCAUGUUCCAAUUAUGCGUUUGCAUGUUAGUCUACAUAUAUUACUAUACUAUAUUAAAAGAUAUUAGAAAUCUUCUUUAAUUAAUACUUCAUAUUCUCUCCUUUUAUAAGUCCUCUUCCAUUUUUCUCAACUUCAGAACUCUCUCUCUCUCUAAUCUCAUACCCUCUCUCUCUCAAGAAGAAACAUUUUCUCAAGAGAAAUGGGUUCCAAAAGUGUCCAAGUUUUUUUGAUAAUGGCUCUCUUCGCCACAGUUGCACUUGCUCAAGCCCCAGCUCCCACUCCCACAGCUAAUCCUCCUCCUCCCGUGGCUACUCCUCCUCCUGUCGCUACUCCUCCUCCAGUGGCCACCCCACCUCCCGCCGCAACCCCAGCUCCAGCCACCACUCCACCACCUGCCGCGACUCCAGCCCCUGCCACCACUCCACCAUCGGCUGCUCCUUCUCCAUCUGAUGCUCCUAGCGCCUCUCCACCAGCACCAGAAGGUCCCGCCUCGAGCCCUAGCGGACUUGCUCCAGGGCCUUCAGAGGAUGCGCCUGCUCCUAGUGCCGCUUUCUCCAACAAGGCUUUCAUCGCCGGAACCGUCUUCGCUGCUGUUAUGUACACCGCCGUUUUAGCUUAACAUCUUUUUAUUUUUCACAUUUGUUUCAAAUUUCAGAUUUUCAUUUUUUUUCUUUAUUUAUUCCCUCAAUUAUUUCAAAUCUUUGGUGUUAUGUGAGUAUUUCUUUUAUUUUCGUAUUUCGCUAUUUGAUCAUUUAAAUUUGUAUUAUACUUUACGUGUAUUGUCGGACCGGGGUAAGUGAUUCAUGGUGAGAACUAAUGGAACGUUGACACGUGUAAUUUAUAAUGGGAAGUGUGUAUGUAGAGGAGUGAUCUGUUUAUGUAAAUCCAAAUCAUAGAUUAAUAAAAUAAUUCCAUAAUC